AUGAGGCACUGGCAGCCCCUGCUCCUGCUGCUGCUUAGUGGCCUCGUAUGUCUCAGCCGGGCCUACCUGGCCGUGCUUUCUUCCAACUUGCCGGCCGGCACCGUCGUCUUCGAGGCUGGGGUGCCCUACCUCGGGGGAAAGCGGAAGUAUGCCGCGUCUCAGGACAGGACGGCCUGGUUCGCGCUCAAGCUGCUCAAGGUGCAUCCGCACACCGGGCGCGUCACGCUCGCCAAGAGCCUUAGCUGCGAUGGCCUUCAGUAUCCAAGGCUGUUCACGUUCUACAUCGACUCGACGAGCUCGAGGCUGGGCCGAGCUACCAUCGACUACUACAGCCUGCCCCUGCGGGUCCUCGUCACUGGCUGCGGUGGUGAAAACGUCGACUUGGCCGCCACCAAGGGCUGGAUGGCCGAGACCCUUGCCUCCUACGCCAUGCCCAGCACCGACCAGUUCACCGAGGUAUGCCUCAGGACGUCCCAAUUGGUGGCCGCGCUCAGAGAUUUCCUGCCUCACACGGCCUCCAAGCAAUGCGAGACCAGAUGGGGUGGAGUCGCAGACCCGCGUUUUUUAAUCGAAGGCGCAGCUGGUGACUUGGUCUCGGCCUCGGAACAGUGUCUAGUCGAUCCCCUGUGGAAGAUCUCCGUCUCGAUGACGUUGCGUUGUGGCACAACUCACUUGGCCGAUGCUGAACAUCGACUGAAAAUCGUUUUUCAUCACCAGCAACUCGAUGACACGGACCUCGGCCGUAGAGUAAGACGAGAACUACGAAAUCAGUCUCCUUACUUCGAGCAAGCAUUGUAUGUGGAGGCUGCAGAAGAAGAAAAGGAUCCGGGCAUACCCGUUGUCACCGUCAAGGCUCGAGAUCCCGAAGGUGGAAGCGUAAGAUAUACAAUGAGCUCGCUAUUGGAUGCUCGUUCGCAAAGUUUAUUCAGUCUCGAUCCGACAAGUGGCAAAGUAACAACAACGGCACGUCUUGAUCGCGAGAAUGUCGAUGUUCAUUACUUCCGCGUACUUGCUGUUGACGACUCAUUCCCCCCGCGAACUGGGACUACCACUUUGCAAAUCAACGUUCGUGAUGCUAAUGAUCAUUCACCCAAUUUCGAAUCACCUGAAUAUGAAGCCUCAGUACACGAGAGUGUACCUGUCGGUACGAGCGUUAUCUCCAUCAAAGCAACAGAUCAAGAUAUCGGUAAAAAUGCUGAAGUAGAAUAUACGAUCGUCUCGACGACAGGUGGUGGCACAACAACAUUCGUAGAGGAUCAGUCGACGUUUAGAAUCGAUCCACGCUCAGGAAUCGUGACGACUAGGACUUCUCUAGAUCGGGAAAAAACCGAAGUUUACACGGUUAUAAUUCAGGCAUCUGACCUUGCCAAUCCACAAACUGAGCGUCGUACUGCUUCAGCCACUUUGGUAGUUCGCAUUCUAGAUGACAACGAUAACUAUCCACAGUUCUCUGAACGUACCUACGUCGUUAGUAUACCCGAAGACUUCGAUUACACGAUAAAUCCAGUGAUAGCGGAGAUUCGGGCUACUGACGUCGACGCAGGUUUGAAUGCGGCUAUUCGAUAUGGUAUUAUCGGUGGAAACACGCAGAAUACUUUUCAAAUAGAUUCGCAAACUGGUGAUGUUAUGUUGGUAAAACCUCUGGAUUACGAAUCGGUAAAAAAUUACAAGGUCAUCGUAAGAGCGCAGGAUGGCGGACAGCCUGCUAAAUCUAAUACCACACAAUUGAUCGUUAGAGUGAAAGAUGUUAAUGACAAUGUACCACGAUUUUAUACAAACACAUUUCAAGAGGCUGUAUCCGAAAACGUUGCUAUAGGUUAUUCGAUCUUGAAAGUUCAAGCGUACGAUGCUGACGAGGGUCCGAACUCCCAGAUAAAAUACUCGAUCGGCUCGCGAGAUUUAAGUGGCGGUUCUACCGAGAACAUUCCCAUAGCAGUUAAUUACGAAACUGGCUGGAUAUUCACGAUCAAGCAGCUGGAUCGCGAGCAGUGCUCCAAGUAUCAAUUCGUUGUGGUGGCAAGUGACUCGGGCGAACCGGCUCGAUCGGCGAGUGCUACGGUCAUUCUCACCGUGACAGAUGUCAACGAUAACGAUCCGUACUUCGAUCCGAAAAGUUACGAGGUUGUCGUUGCAGAGGACGACUCGCCUGGUACCGCCGUCACUACCGUCACUGCCACGGAUCCCGACGAGGACGCUAAGAUUCAUUACGAGAUAACGUCAGGCAACAACAGAGGCCGUUUUUCUAUUACAUCUCAAAACGGUCGAGGACUCAUUACGGUAGCUCAACCGCUUGACUAUAAACAAGAAAAACGAUUCGUCCUUACCGUUACGGCAUCAGAUUCCGGUGGUCGAAGUGAUACAGCACUCGUAUACGUAAACGUUUCGGAUGCUAAUAAUUAUGCACCAGUAUUCGAAAAUGCACCGUACUCGGUAUCGGUCUUUGAAGACGCUCCUGUGGGGACAACCGUUUUAGUCGUCAGUGCCAUGGAUUCUGAUGUUGGUCAGAAUGCUCAGAUCACCUAUAGUCUUGGCAGUGAUGAUGAUGCGUCACAAAAUCGUGAUUCAUCUGAAUUUACCAUAAACCCGCAAACUGGAGCUAUCACGACAACCAAGUUGUUAGACCGUGAACUGAUGUCUGGAUACUUGUUGACAGUCACGGCUAAGGAUGGUGGAGUACCACCAUUGAGUGAUACAACGGAUGUGGAGAUAUCUGUCACAGAUGUCAAUGACAAUGCACCAACUUUUAAUACAGUUCAGUACCAUGGAGCUAUCAGAGAGGACGUUCUUAUUGGCACGAGUGUAGUAAAAGUUACUGCUACUGACAAAGAUGAUGGACUUAAUGGAAGAGUUAAAUACAUAUUAGACAAUGAUGGUGAUGGUUCGUUCGCUAUAGAUCCUGCCACAGGCAUGAUAAGAACUUCCAAAGCUCUCGAUCGAGAAUCUACGGCUCGAUACAUUCUCAAAGCAGUUGCUGUUGAUCGAGGUUCACCAGCAUUAUCGACCACUGUUGCGGUCGUUGUCAAACUAGAGGAUGUAAAUGAUUCGCCACCAGCGUUUGAGAAGGAAAAAAUUAUUUUGUAUAUUCCUGAAAAUUCACCAAUCGGUUCUACAGUUGGCGAAAUUUAUGCCCACGAUCCGGAUGAAGGACCCAAUGCCAUUGUACAGUAUUCUAUUAUAGGAGGAGAAGAUGCAAAUAGUUUUCAGUUAAAUGUUAGACCAGGGGCUGACAGAGCAGAGGUAAUUUCUCUUCUAGAAUUAGAUUAUGAAUCAACGAAGAAAAAGUUUGAGUUAGUAAUCAGAGCUACAUCACCACCACUGCGAUCAGACGCUGUAGUCCAGAUUCUCGUAACUGAUGUUAACGAUAAUGCACCAAAGUUAGAAGAUUUUCAAAUAAUAUUUAAUAAUUUUAAAGAAUUUUUCCCAACGACUUCUAUUGGUCGUAUUCCUGCCUUCGAUGCCGACGUAACUGAUAAACUCACUUACACAAUAUUGUCUGGCAACAACGCCAAUUUAAUAAAUCUCAAUAGAACUACGGGAGAAAUCACAUUAUCUCCACAACUUAAUACAAACGUGCCUCGAGUAGCCACUAUAGAUGUAUCCGUGACAGAUGGUAUCAACGAAGUGAAAGCUACCAUGACACUUUCAGUAAGACUGAUCACUGAUAAAAUGCUGUUUAAUUCUAUAACCGUAAGACUCGAUGAAAUGACUGUCGAGGCUUUCUUAAGCCCACUCUUAGGAUAUUUUUUGGACGGUCUAGCUGCCAUUAUCCCUUGUCCCAGAGAGAAUAUAUUCAUAUUCAGUAUUCAAGAAGAUACGGACGUGCACAAUAAAAUUUUAAACGUAAGUUUUUCUGCGAAAAGAGUUGAACCUGGGGCCACUGAUGAAUUUUAUAGCUCUCAAUUUUUGCAAGAACGCGUUUACCUCAAUCGCGGAAUCCUCGCACGCCUAGCUAACGUAAAAGUCUUGCCUUUCGAUGACAAUCUCUGUGUAAGCGAACCAUGUUUAAAUUUUGAAGAGUGUAUUACAGUUUUGAAGUUUGGAAAUGCAUCUGGAUUCGCUAAUAGUAAUACUGUUCUGUUUCGACCAAUUUAUCCAGUUACAACAUUUACAUGUCAGUGCGGUAAAGGGUUCACUGGAAGCAAAGAAGCAUAUUUAUGUGAUACCGAAGUAAAUUUGUGUUAUUCGAAUCCUUGUAAAAAUGGGGGUACUUGUAGAAGGCGUGAAAGUGGUUAUACUUGUGAGUGUCCAGUAAAAUACGUAGGUGACAAUUGUGAAAUAUCACUUGAGAAGGAUUUGUGUAUGCCAAAUUUGUGUAAAAGUGGUUCACAGUGUGUUACUAAAGUUAAAGGUGGCUUCUUUUGUGAUGAUUGCCCAGUAAUACCUUUAGAUAAUGUAACGCCUUUGUGUGAACUAAAAUCUCGAAGUUUUGCACCAGCAUCAUUUUUAACAUUUCCUUCCUUAAAACAACGACAUAGACUUCAUCUUAAAAUAAGAUUUGCCACUGAAGCCACAGAUGGUCUCUUAUUGUACAAUGGAAGGUAUAACGAAAAGCAUGAUUUCAUUGCGCUAGAGAUCAUAGAUUCUCAAGUGCAGUUUAGUUUUUCUUUGGGUGACGAGAUAACAAGAGCAACUGCACAAAUUCCUGGUGGAGUUUCAGAUGGCAGAUGGCACGAAGUGCAAGUAUCUUACGUCAAUAGAUCAGUUGUGGUGGCACUUGAUAAUUGUGAUGUUUCACUUGCAUUGAGAUUUGGCGAUAGACUUGGUGAUAGAUGGUCAUGUGCAGGUAGAAACGAACAAAUUCUUGAAGCUCGUUGUAGCGACAUCACGGAAACUUGCCAUCGUUUUCUUGAUCUUACCGGACCGCUACAAUUGGGUGGCUUACCUUCAAUACCUUCAAACUUUCAAGUGCGUAACAAGGAUUUUGUAGGGUGCAUCAGCGAUUUUCACGUAGAUCACAUAUUUGUGGAUCUUAAUUCCUUUGUAGCAGAUAAUGGAACAACUUCUGGCUGUCCCGAAAAAAGAUCUUUUUGCGAAUCUAAUCCAUGUUAUAAUGAUGGUAAAUGCAGAGAAGUUUGGGCAAGUUACGUAUGCGAAUGUAUGGAGGGUUUCUCUGGGCCUCAAUGUGAAGACGAAGUCUUCAAACCCUGGCGCUUUCGAGGCGAUGGAAUACUUAGUUUUAAUCCCUUAUUAAAACCAAUUCAGUUACCUUGGCUGACGGGGUUCAGUUUAAGAACAAGAGAUCAAAAUGCAUUCAUAAUGACUAUCCAAAUUGGACAAAACAGUUCAAUUUUAUUCGAAUUGAUAGGUGGAAAACUUGCAGUAUUAUUAGAUGGCGCUGAUGUAAUUAAAUCUUGGGUGGACGUAGCUGAUGGUGAAUGGCAUAGAGUAGAAGUACGUUGGCAAAGUGGUCAAGUUUUGUUAGAUUUAGAUUAUAGAAAUAGACCAUUAGUACAAAUACUUCCGGCUAAAUUACAAGGACUUUACGUAGGAAGAACACUAAUCGGUGGCCCAGAUAAAUCGUUUAUUACCGAGUUACCAUCUUUCAAUGGAUGUCUGCAGGAUGUGAGAAUAGGAUCAAAUCAAACAUCACUUGAAAAACCGAAUAUCGAAGAAAAUGUUGGAUUCGGUUGUGAUAGCGAUAAUAUUUGUCGUGCUAACUGCGUUGAUUUUGCAACAUGUGCAACGAAAUGGGAACUUAGCGAAUGCGUUUGUUUGGAAGGUCGAGUAGGUCAAAAUUGUGAAAAAAUCUGUGACAUUAACCCCUGUAGUGAAUCUGGAACGUGUGUCGAAACGUACGAAAAUCACAAGGGUUACGAAUGCCAAUGCAAAUUUCCUGAGUACUCUGGAGAAUAUUGUGAAAUCAAAGUGGAUCAGCCAUGCCCAGCAACUUGGUGGGGCUCACCAGUAUGCGGUCCUUGCCAUUGUGAUGAAUCGCGUGGCUAUGAUCCUGCAUGUAACAAAACGACAGGGGAGUGUUACUGCAAAGAAAACCAUUAUCAACCACCGGGGCAGAAAGAAUGCAUACCUUGUGAUUGCUAUGCCACAGGUAGUUUUGGUCCACGAUGUGACGCUCUAACUGGACAAUGUAGAUGCAGAAAUGGUGUUAUUGGACGACAAUGCACUGCCUGCCCUAAUUCUUAUGCCGAGGUAACAUUAAAAGGUUGUGAAGUUGUGUACGAUGGCUGUCCAAGAUCGUUUGCGGAGGGAUUGUGGUGGUCACGAACAAAAUUUGAUCAAACUGCUAUUGAAGAUUGUCCAGGAACUGCGGAGGGUAAAGCAUCGAGAUCUUGUUCCGACAAGUUAGGUGGUUGGCAAGAACCAGAUUUGUUCAAUUGUACUUCCGAGUCAUUUAUAGAGCUCCGCUACCAACUUGCUGCAUUAGAAACAAAUGAUCUUGCUCUUAAUACCUACAAUGCAAUCAAAAUGGCCUUAGAACUUUAUAAAGCAGUAAAUAUUACCAAAACAUUGUAUGGGGCAGAUCUUCUGGUUGCAGAAUCACUUUUAACUGCUUUGCUAAAGUACGAAGAAAGCCUGGCUGGGCUAAAUUUGACGCAUAGUCAAGACAAAGAUUAUGUUCCGCAAUUGGUCAGUAUUGCAGGGGCGAUUCUGCAGAAAAGAUACUUGGAUAAUUGGGUAAGAAUCGAAUCAUUAACAGGAGAUAGCUCUGAUAAAGUCAUGCUAACCAUGGCAGAGUACCUCAAAACUUUGGCUGUGUCUCAACAUGAUACGUUUACCACUCCUUUCGAAAUGGUUGAUUCGAAUGUUGUUUUGGGUUUGGAUAUCGUUACGUCUGAAAGUUUAUUCGGCUAUGAAGCAGUGGAAUAUAAAGAAGAUGUUUCGCUUUCAACUGCCCGACCGUUGGAAGCAGAUCAAAAAGUUAUACUGCCAGAUACAUCUGCCUUUUUUGUUUCACCUAUUCACAUGGGACCUUCAAUAAGUUUUCCAAAGUACAACAAUUACAUGCCUGAUCCAAGCAAGUUUGAUCAAUUUUCAAAAAUACAAGUGCCUCUAACUUUAUUGGGUAUCAAAUCUGUUAUCCAUGGUGAUCUUAAUGUCAAAAACAGUUUAAGUAAUCGUAAGGCCGUGUUAAGUUAUGUACAAUACAGAGAACUUAGUUCUCUCUUGCCCAAAAGAUUCGAUGAAUCUGUCACCGUUAGAUGGGGAAUCGAGGUUGCAAUCGGAUCACCUAUUAUAACAGUAUCCGUCCUAGUGCCAUCCGAAAAUGGAUAUGAAACUCUAACAGGAGUACCUCUUGAGUCUCCUGUAAGGAUUCAGAUAUGGCUUAGUGAAAAUGAUGGUUCUAAAACUCGAAUUAAUCCACAAUGUGUACAUUGGAGCACUGCCAGAGGCAUUGGAGAAUGGAGCAGAUUAGGAUGUACCACAGAGAUUGAAGAUGAAACCGAGCCACUUGGUUUGACUGUCAACUGCUCGUGCAUAAAACUGUCUACAUUUGCUGUUUUAACUGACGUUUUAGAUCUCGAGUACGUGCCUGAGCCAUCAUUUCUCGAAGACGUAACCAGCUACACGGCCUUCAUCAUUGCGUUACCACUUCUAUUCAUAACAGUCCUCAUUUUAGCCUUAAUUAGAGGUGGUGGUACCAAUUCCAAUAGCAUUCACAAGAAUCUUGUACUUUGCGUAUUUUGUUCGGAGUUGUUGUAUUUGGUAGCUCUGAAAGCACGAAGCACCCUCAUAGGCAACGAAUUUCCCUGCAAGCUCAUAGCAAUUGGCUUGCAUUAUUCUUGGUUGAGUACAUUCGCUUGGACCAUGGUGGAUUCAUUGCAUUUGUACAGAAUGUUAACAGAGAUGAGAGACAUUAACCACGGCCAAAUGGGUUUCUACUACACGCUUGGAUACGCUGUGCCAGCUAUCAUUGUGGGAUUAACCAUCGGUGUAAGGGCAGACCAAUAUGGAAAUUUCUAUUUCUGUUGGCUGUCGAUAUACGAAAAUGUGAUAUGGUCUCUUAUCGGACCUGUUUGCUUAGCCUUCUGCAUCAACUUCUUUACUUUGAUAAUGUCAGUGCGUGCUGCCUUCACGCUCAAAGAGCACAUAAUGGGUUUUGGCAACCUUCGUACCCUACUCUGGCUCUCGAUAUCCUCCUUGCCCCUAUUGGGUGCCACCUGGACUUUAGCAGUGUUAGGCGCUUCCGAGAACUCAUCAACCCUCUCGUACAUGCUCAGUGUAGCAAUCGUUGUGCAUGCAACCUUUAGCCUCGUUGGUUAUUGUUUCAUCAACGGAAGAGUCAGGAGAAACUUGUACUUGAGCUUGUUGAGGUGUAUCGGUAAAAAGGCUCCCCUUCUCGAUGCCAGUGUUGCCAAUGGGAGUAGUAGCCAGAACGUCAAUGCCAAUAUCACAAAACGGUCCGGGAUUGCAUACUCGUCGACGUAUAAUGGGACCGACGCAAACUCCAAAAGAGUCCACGUUGGAGUGUCGACGAGUAGUGAAACGUCCCGUAGCACAAACAAGACGAGUUCCAGUCCUUAUCGAAGCGACACACAACUCCGAAACACGUCUACCUCAACAAGUAACUACAAUAGCGAUCGUGGAGCUUACAUGUCCCGGCGAACCAAUCCCCCGACGAGGCACAUGCGGCAUGAGAUCAAGCCGGAACGUGAACACCAGCGUCGAGAAUCCGAGUCGGACUCGGAUGCAGAUAGCCGAGGACGUGCUUUAGACAGCUCGCACAGUUCGGAUGAAGAAGAUGCGAGAAUGCGCAACAAUGCCAAGCCAAACUUGAAGACGCACAAAACGACGGGUGUUACCACGCAAUUACAGCCACAGCUUCCCCAUACGUACUUGCCCAACAUAUCCGAUAAUCCACCUGAGGCACUUAAUGUUCUUCAUUGCUCGAGCACCGACCUUUUCCCGAACAUUAAGCCCAUUUAUGCACCUCGCUGGAGCUCUCAGUUACCCGAGGCCUACCUACCCUCGGCUAACAUAGAUGCACGAGGGAGUCAAUGGUCGGGUGGUACGAUGUCGGACAACGAGCUGGCCUCGACAAAGACCGCAAGUCCGAACCCACUGACCUACGUCGAGCUGAACCUACACCAUCCAAAGCUCCAUCCAGAUGAGAAUUACUCGGAAACUGACGAGAAACUCAACAUAGCGGAUAAAUAUUUGUUUGGGGAUGAACCGAUACACAAGCCAAUGUCACCCACGCCCUAUAUAUUGUCAACACCCUCGCGGAUACUUAGUUCGAGUCUCAGUCACCACUCGCAGACAUCGAACCACGAUAAUUAUGGCAAUGGCUACGACAGGUAUGGAAGUUUGAAACGAGGUGGUAGCCUACACAGCUCGUACCACGACAACUUGAAUACCGGUCUGGAGAGGUAUGGUAGUCUAAAGCGUGGCAAGAUAACUCCAACGAUGCUCGAGGACACGCCGGACUAUAUAAUGCCGAUCAAUAGCAGGAUAUUGUCGGGAUCCCUGGGCCACGAUCUGCAGCAACAUAACAACGAGUUCGCGGCCCUCAGACAGCUGCAGAUCCAGCAGCAGAUGCAAUACGAGCAAACCAUUGCAGAAACAGAGAAGGGUACCAGUAACGCAGAAACGACCGUAUGA